AUGGAACGCUCAAACUCACCACCUCCCCUUAUUUCACCCUUGGCAUCACCAGAGAUACGAAUCUCACGACCAGAAUACGCUUCAAUACCGCAGCGAACAAGCGACGAUGAGACAUACGACUCGAGAACAGACAGGCGUCCCAGAUCUGAGGAGGCCAUGGAGACAGGUCUUGGAAUCCAGAUGAGGCCAUUUGCAUCCCCCGCUUCACCAGGGAAGUCGUAUAGUCAGCAGUCGACACCCAAAGCCGGCAUAUUCUCAUCCUUUCUACCAGCAUCACCACGGCCGCUGUAUCAGAGGACGCCUGACACACUCUAUUCCUUCCGAACCGGCCUCUCACGUGCUAGAACAGAUCCCAUGACAGAACGACUCAUCGCUCACAGGGCGACGCAGUCUGCAAAAUGGAAAGUGCAUUGGCGGACUCCCUCGACUAUGGUGUUUGCUUUCGUUGCUGGUAUCCUGCUGGCGCUUGCGCAGCAUUUCUGGUAUAGAUUCUUACAUCAAAGAGCCGUGUACGAUGAAGAUGUCAAGUUUCGCUGGGUCCUGUACGGGCGGGCGCUCGCCUACUUGUCCAAAGUCGCUUUUGGAGGAUGUGUCGUUCUGGUCUUCCGCCAACGCAUUUGGAGAACGUUCAGGGAGCGAGCACUGUCUGUGCUGUCCAUCGACCAGCUUUUUGGCGCCACGGACGAUCCGUCGCUCUUCAUCAACUGGGAAACGAUUUCGAGCGCCCCGGUUGCUGUGGCUAUUGCUGCCGUCUUUUGGCUUAUACCACUCGCGACGAUCAUCUUCUCGCCGGGUGCACUUACUUUUGGCGAUUACCUCGAGACCAAGUCUGUCACUCGAGGCGUUCCCCACAUCAACUUCACACAAGAAACGACAAAGGACUGGCGCUACCCAGUACCGUACGAUCCCAGUGAUGAUGAACUUACAGCGCCGGGCGGGAACAAGAGAUCCAUCAUGUAUUACAACACGACCGACAAAUCUCGAGAUCCCAUGACUCCGGGAUGGUUCGAUUACUACGAUCAGCCUUCAGCCGAGCUCAAGCGUGUUGCAAUGCUGUUCGGCUUCAAUCUGAUGAAUCACUCCACGCACAGAUUAGGCGCGCGGCAGUAUGUUUGUGGAAAGUCUCAGGCGGGCGGACCGUACAACUGCACCUUCACGCAGAACUUUAUUGCACCAGCUUAUAAGUGUGACUUGAUUGCAGACGGUGCUGGCGGCAACAGCCGCCUAGCUGAUCUGGGUGCUCCAUUCAAUACAACCUCGUUGGUGCCUGAGGGUCGUAACGUCUAUCACGCCGAAGUGGGACUCGGUGACUACAAACGACCACAAAUGGAGAACUUCCAGAAGGGUCCAGGUGGCCUCCCUGUGGGCGAUGUUCCGGCUGAUCUUGGAGUUUUCAAAGCAGAACCGGUGCUGUGGAUUGGGUAUUCGACAAACUCAACAGAGCCACUGCCCCCAGAUUCGCCUCUCAGUAAAAGCUGGACCCAUCGCUACGACCCUAAAAUAAUACGGUGUGUGAUGCACGAAGCCAAAUACACAGUGAAGUGGAACUUCACCGGGCCGUAUUUUAUGGGAAUGGCAACGCCGGAGUUUAUGGGUCCGGUCAUAGACACCAACUUCUCCCGGAGCGCGAACGGAACGCUUGACUACAGCGCAGACCCUGUGCCGGCUGAGAAUUUUGUUAGGCCGCUUCCAGACGUUGGCUUGUACAAGAAGAUAGCAGCUUACCACGCCAUGGGCGAUGUGUUGCGAAACUUCCUCGGCGGCCAUGUCGAGCUGGAACCGCCUCUGCCAGGCCCUUCGUACCCGGUCGUAUCUUCAGAUGUGACCAAGACUCGCCUGGUUGGCGUCGAUAGUCUACCGAAGAAGGACUUUGGCAAAGUUCUGGAGCUGUUCUUCGCCGACCUGGUUCUCUCAUUGUACUCUGCGCCCGAGAUGCUGGUCGUCGACGAGCAAGAGCUUGCGGUCAGUCGUACACAAUGGCAGUCAUCUUUCGUCUACGUGCCCAACCGGCUGUGGAUGUGCUAUGCGCCAGUCAUCUUGGUGACUCUCAUCAUCCUGCUCUUCGGCGUCUUCACGAUCUGGGAAGAUGGCGUCACCUUCUCUACCGGCUUCUCUCGCAUUCUCGUCACCACCCGGAACACGACACUCGACGACAUCAGCCGCGGUGCUUGCCUCGGCAAUGAUCCUUUCCCCAUGGAGCUCAUGCACACGCGGUUGAAGUUUGGAGUCUUGAGCGAGGGCAGCGAGAACGAGUGCAUGGGCGCCGAAGGCUUUCAGCACUGCGCGUUCGGAGUUGAGUCAGAAGUCGCGCCGAUCAGAAAAGGCGUGCCUUAUGCGGGUCUUAGACGGCGCAAGCACUUCUUCACCGACCCGGUCUUAAACUAA